AUGGGACACUGGCCCACUCUGCAGGGGCUGUAUGUACAAUCUUCCCCUCCCCAAGACGGGAGGCCCAGCGACCUCAAGGGCCCAGGCAGCGGGAGCAGAGGCCCCAGUCAAUGCGCAGCUCCAGGGACCCAGGGACCCAAAGGAGAGAGGGGGGACCAGGCGGAGACCUGGCAUGGCUCAGAUUGGGGGUGGAGGAGGGUGGGAGAGUCGAGAGGAGAGGACACAGAAUCCAAGAUCGUGGAAUCCGAACGGGGGUCCAGUGCCCUUUUUACCGAUGGGCCUCCAAGUCAGAAAAGGGAUGCCAAACUCUCCUCCGGCGGGAGGCAGGGCCCGGGGCGACGCCAGGUGUCCAGGCUGCGUUAA